AUGGCAUCAUGCUGCAUUGCUGUCCACUUCUCCAUCUCAUCCAUCAAUCUCACUGCAGACUUUACACAGGUCAACGUGGACAUAAUGAGCGGUCUUGUUGAGAUUAAGUCUCCUUCGGAGUGGCAGUCUCUGCUCUCCAGCACCUCCGUAGUCGUCGCCGACUUCUAUGCCGACUGGUGCGGACCAUGCAAGAUGAUCGCUCCUCAUUUCCAGCGUCUCGCAAGCCAGCACUCUUCUCCCAAGAAGGUGGCCUUUGCCAAAGUCAACGUCGACUCCCAACCCGAAGUCGCCAAGGAGAACCGUGUGUCUGCAAUGCCCACCUUCAAAAUCUUUCACAACGGCACCUGCGUCGAGACUAUCCAGGGUGCCAAUCCGACCGCUCUCUCUGAGGCUGUUACCAAGGCGGUCCAGCUCGCAGGUAGCGGCAAAUCUGCCGAUGGUCUCUUCAAGACCCCUGGUCGAACUCUGGGGGGAGGUUCGCCUUCUGCGGGCGGCGGCUUCAACUACAGCGGCUUGUUGAACCUUCUUAUCGCCUUUGUUGGCCUGUACCUGUUCGACGCGCAAAAGGCUGCUGAGCAGUCGCGGUUCAACAUUCAUAAAGCGCCGCAGAGACCUGCUCCUCCACGCGCGUCGCCAGCAGCUUCUGGGGCUGGGACUGGGACUGGAUCCGGUAAAUAUAACUUUCCAGGCUGCCAAGGAGGUUCACCACCAAUUGCCUUGCGGCCAACGCAGCCCACCAUCGGCACAUGGCAGCCUUCUCGCACGCAGUCUACAGUCACCGGCAAGACUCGGUGUCCCAAAUACGCAUAA